ACGGGUAUAUGAUUGUGUUGAUGAAGAAAGAAGUUUAGAAACCAGUAGUGAAAAGAAAAAAAAGAAAAAAGCAUAGAGAGAAAGAAAGAAAAGAGAAAGUCACAAUCAGAAAACAGAAAACAGAAUAUAGAAGAGAACUCUGUGUGUGAGAGAGUGUGAGAGAGAAGUGUAAGAAGAUGAAGAGAGAACAUCAUCAAGAACACGAAGAAGCCAGCAUGACUGGUAAAUCUGAGAUUUGCUGGGAAGACGACGGCGGUAUGGACGAGCUGUUAGCGGUGGUUGGUUACAAGGUGAAAUCAUCAGACAUGGCUGAAGUUGCUGAAAAGCUUGAACAACUUGAAAAAGCCAUGGGUAAUUUCCAAGAUCAAGAUGAAGCCACCAUCGCUCAACACCUCUCAAACGACACCGUUCAUUACAAUCCUGCUGAUAUUUCUAACUGGCUUCAAACCAUGCUUUCCAAUGUUGAUUCUCAACCGAAUCCCUCUGUUUCAUCUUCCUCCGAUAACGACCUGAACGCCAUUCCCGGUAAGGCUAUUUACGCCAACACUGAUUCGCAAGUAGAGGAGACUCUUCCGUCUCGGAAACGACUCAAACGAGUAGGUUCUUCUUCUGGUGCUGAGUCAACUCGUCCUGUUAUGGUGGUUGAAACGCAGGAGAAAGGGAUUAUUCUUGUUCAUACUUUAAUGGCCUGCGCUGAAGCUGUUGAACAGAAGAAUCUACCUGUGGCGGAAGCGCUGGUGAAACAGAUCGGAUACCUAGCGGUGUCGCAAGAAGGUGCUAUGAGAAAAGUUGCUACGUAUUUCGCUGAAGGUUUGGCUCGGAGAAUCUACGAUGUGUUUCCACAGCAUUCCGUUUCCGAUUCGCUUCAGAUCCAUUUCUAUGAGACUUGUCCUUAUCUGAAGUUCGCGCACUUCACUGCGAAUCAAGCUAUUCUUGAAGCUUUUCAAGGAAAAUCGCGUGUUCAUGUUAUUGAUUUCUCGAUCAAUCAAGGGAUGCAGUGGCCGGCGCUUAUGCAGGCGCUUGCCUUGCGUCCUGGCGGUCCUCCUGCUUUUCGUCUCACCGGAAUCGGUCCUCCGGCGUCGGAUAACUCCGAUCAUCUUCAGCAGGUUGGUUGGAGGCUUGCGCAGUUUGCGCAGACGAUUCAUGUUCAGUUUGAAUAUCGUGGUUUUGUUGCUAAUAGUCUCGCUGAUCUUGAUGCUUCCAUGCUUGAACUCCGGUCACCGGAGACUGAAUCCGUUGCUGUUAACUCUGUUUUUGAGCUUCAUAAACUCAACGCGCGCCCUGGUGCGCUUGAGAAGGUGUUUUCUGUUAUCCGUCAGAUUCGGCCGGAGAUUGUCACCGUCGUGGAGCAAGAAGCGAAUCACAACGGACCGGCUUUUCUCGACCGGUUCACCGAGUCGCUUCACUACUACUCGACGCUUUUUGACUCGCUGGAGAGUUCAUUGGUUGAACAGCAGGAUAAGGCUAUGUCGGAGGUUUAUCUAGGGAAGCAAAUCUGCAACGUGGUGGCGUGUGAAGGAACGGACCGAGUCGAGCGUCACGAGACAUUGAAUCAGUGGAGGAACCGGUUCGGUUCAGCUGGGUUUUCUCCGGUUCAUUUGGGAUCCAACGCGUUCAAGCAAGCGAGUAUGUUGUUAGCGCUUUUCGCUGGUGGAGAUGGUUACAAGGUGGAAGAGAAUGACGGUUGUCUCAUGUUGGGAUGGCACACUAGGCCAUUGAUUGCAACCUCUGCUUGGAAACUCGCCGCCAACUCAAUGGUGGUUUCACACUGAGUCAACUCGCGCGUUUUGCACACUUCCACACCCUACCCUCUUUUUUUGGAAGUAAAAAAAGAAAAAAAAUAAUUAAUUCAUACCCACCAAAAAAGGAAAGAAAAAAAAACAAGGGUACUUGUGGGGUUGAGUGGACAAUGUGCAAUUGUGCCUUGCUGAGCUGUGAGCACUGAUUGCUUGAGACCGAGAGACCCACCAUUGUCCAUUCUCUCUCUCUCUCCAACUCCUUAUCUUUCUCUUUCUCUAUGUUAAUUUACUUUUUUGGCUUAGGACUUUCUCUGUUCAUUGUUUUAACCUAGGGUUGGAAUUGGAAUCUCAUGUAAUUUUUCAGGUUGGAAUCAAUGUGUAUUUAUAUUAUUUUAUGUUUCAACAAAUGUAGUUUGCUGGUUGGUUAUAAUAAAUAGAAUCUUGUUUAUUUAUUUUAA